AUGGCGAGCACUGGGAUUUCUCACAUUGGGACGGUAAAAUCCAAGUUAACUGUUCGGACUAUGGGUAUGCUCGUUCGGAAGUAUGUAAUCGACCCCAAAUUCCAUCCCCGCCUGUCGGAGGCCACCGACGCCAUUAUUGACCCCCCUGGAGGCUUUGUGGGGGUUUACCAGGUGUUUUUCAAAUCCGGGUUACGACUUCCUGCUUUCGAUUUUCUAGAGACUGUUUUUGGAUUAUUAUGGUCUGCACAUCGCCCAAAUAACCCCUAA